AUGUCCGAGAAAGCAGACGAGCUCUGUGUCAAGUGCGGGGCCCCUCGCGCGAAGGGUUUCGUCGGCAUGGUGACCAGCAUGUGCCUCGACUGUGCCAGGGUCAAGCUUGAGGCUGACACGGCAAACAUCCACAGUGCGAAGGCGGCCCAUGCCGUCGAGCCCCUCGCCAAUCCCCAGUCCGAGGCUGAGGAAGCCGCUGGGAGCGAGAGGGCCUCUAGCGUGGAGGAGGGGGAACAGCCCUCCCGCAGCCGCAAGCGGCGCAUCCAGCCAUCAGCGGCCAAAGGCGCUGAUGGUAAAAAAAUGACGCCGGCGUGUGCCAACUGCAAGAAGUCAAAAAUACGUUGCACGCACCGUCAGGUCAUCGAAGACGAUGACAGCAACGUCCCCUCCCGAAAACGGAAGAGGGAAGCAGAGGCACACGUCGGCGUCAGGGAUGACGCUGGCAAUGGCAGCGACCCUUCUGCCUCGGUGGGCGCGGAGGACCAGGCUCCCCCACCAGCGAAGAGACCCCUUUGGAUCCGGUUGAAGGGCAAAAAAGAGGAGGUGUUGACGGAGUCCGCCCCUCGUCCCGCCGGAUCCGAAGCUGGUGUCUCUGUCGCAAAGAGGCAGGCCCCGGGCGGACUUCGCAAACGCAAGUUUGUCGAAGUCGAGGAGGAAGCGUCUUCGGGCGCGACUGAAUCGAAACCCGCAGCCGCUGUGAGCGUCGAAGGGACCGGCUCCGUGGAGGCGUCCAGCCCUCCACGGAAGCGAACCCGACGGGGGCGAAAGCCAAAGGCGGAGCGUGAUGUUGAAGCCGUUGAGCAGGCGGCAAACACGACUCCAGCACCCGUCGUGGCACCUGCCGCUGCCAGGUCCCCCGCCACAGCUCCGGGGUCGCGGCCUUUACCCUCCUUCCCGAUGAACAAUCUGGAAGGAGCCGCCCAUUUGUCAGUGCAUGCGGUUCUCAGCAGAGAGCUGCAGCAGAAGCUGGAGGACGCCGAGACCAAGUGGCUCGCUGCGAUUCGAUCCCUCCAAGCUGCCAAGCAAGCACUUGACAAUUGGGUGGAGGUGUGGAACAGGGGGCUGUGA